AUGGCGAUGCUGCUCCGCAAGGUGUGGGGCUCCGUGCUGGCGCGCGCCGCGGCGCCGGGUGCCGACCCGCCGCCGGGGUCCCCGCGGGCCCGCCGCGCGCAUGCGCAGCGCGCGGAGCAGUUCCAGUACCAGUACCACGGCUCGCUGUCGCUGGGCGCGCUCGACGCCGUCCCCACCGACGUGCUCGCCCAGAUCCUGCGCCUGCUGGGCCCGCUCGACGCUGCGCGCUCCAGCGCCGUCUGCCGCGCCUGGCGCGUCCUCGCCUCCGACAACGGCCUCUGGGCCUUCUUCCUCCGCCUCGGCCCCGAGCCCUGGGACCUCGUCGUCUUCGCCGAGACGCACCUCGCCGCCGGCCCCGUCUCGCACCCGUGGCUGUACUACGAUAGCUCGCCGCAGCUCUCGUUUAAGCAGAUCUACGGUCUCCGAGCGGUGGUCCCGGGUACUCUCAUAGUGGAUGGUGGAUCUGGGUAUUGCAAGUAUGGCUGGAGCAAGUACGCUGCUCCUUCUGGGCGUUGUGCUACAUUCUUGGAAUUUGGUAACAUUGAAGCACCUAUGUAUGCAAGGCUUCGUCACUUCUUCUCUACAAUCUAUACGAGGAUGCAAAUAAAGCCUUCGACUCAACCAGUUAUUGUUGUCCUUCCACUGUGUCACUCUGAUGAUACCCAGUCUGCUAGGGCCUCAAGAAAGCAAUACAAGGAGACGUUGUACUCUGUCUUGUUUGACAUGAAUGUUCCUGCUGUUUGUGCUGUCGAUCAAGCAGUUCUAUCUUUGUAUGCUUCUAAACGGACCUCUGGUAUUGUUGUGCACAUUGGAUUCAAUACAACUUCUGUUGUUCCCAUCUUUCAAGGUAGGGUGAUGUAUGAGAUAGGUGUUGAAACUGUAGGGCAAGGUGCCCUUAAACUCACUGGAUUUCUCAAGGAAUUAAUGCAGCGGAGAAAUAUAUCCUGUGAGUCACUGUACACUGUUCGAGCCAUCAAGGAGAAACUUUGCUACGUAGCCGCUGAUUAUGAAGCUGAAUUACGUAAAGAUACACAAGCGUCCUGCGAGGUUGAUGGUGAAGGGUGGUUCACUCUGUCAGAAGAGAGAUUCAAGACUCCAGAAAUUCUAUUUCAGCCCCAUAUGGGAGGAAUGCGUGCUAUGGGCUUGCAUAAAGCAGUAGCUCUAUGUAUGGAUCACUGCUAUACUUCAGGAACGGUUGGUGAUGACAGCUGGUACAAGACGGUCAUUUUAGCUGGUGGAUCGUCAUGCUUGCCUGGUUUACCAGAGAGGCUGGAGAAAGAGCUUCACCAAUUUCUUCCACCUUAUAUCUCAGAAGGAAUAAGAGUACUCCCCCCUUCAUUUGGCACUGAUUCUGCCUGGUUUGGUGCAAAGAUGAUUAGCAAUGUGAGUACUUUCACUGAGGCAUGGUGUGUAAAGAAGAAACAAUUCCGCCAGAAGACACGGCGGAAUGGUCCAUUGUUUAUGAAUUCCUGGUGA